CAUCAUACCACAGUUACCAAAUAUUAAUCCCUCAGAUAUAUAAAAUCAAAAUUUUAAUACAAUAAAUGAAACAACAAGUCGUAUCAAAGCUUAAGUACGUGUAUCUCUGCUAUGGUUUUUAUACAAGUCAAAUCAUGUUGAGCAUUUAACGAAUGAUUCAGAGUCCUCCGUCAAAAUACCUUUAAAAGGAAUGUAAUUUGUUUUGAAUGGAGAUCAGGACACGCUGAGCCGGAGAAGCCCUAGUACACAUAAAACUGCAUAUAAGCAAGCAAAUAUUGAAUCGGUAGUUCACUUAUUUGUAUUAAAUACACAAGAAAGUUAAGAAAAUAUGCGGCGAUAUAGUUGGGUUCGAAGAAUCCAAAACAAAAGUUAGUUCUUUUUAUUCACCACUUAAUAACAUGGAUUAAGGAUACAACAAAAAUGAAACUGGAUUGAGCUGAUGCUGAGAGUUGUAUUGUGAUUAUGGGAGGUCUAUUUACGAAAUAGCGGUAUGACAAGGAUGAUCAUCAACAGUAUUUUAUUUAUGAUCUUCAUUUCCUACACAUGUCAAGCAUCCAUCGUCCAGAAAGGUUGGUCAGUGUUCAUGCACAUAAACACUACAGUUACCCGGCAACGUGCGGCUGAAGUGUGCUACAACAGCUUCGGAUACAUUCCUGAUGUUACCUCACCUUACCAGGAAACGAAUCUCGAGGAGGCAUUAGCCAACUUUAAAGUUCAGUCAACAUGGCUGAUGAUACAGGAAAGGAGCCUGGACUGGGGAUGGAUAAAUGGAUCAGGAAUGUACAGAUCGUGGGCCAGUGGUCAGCCGAAUAAUUACAAUGGUUACCAGGCAUGUGCGGCAAUGGACGACUUGGAGUGGUGGCGGUACUACGACUAUAACUGGAAUGACGAGGCAUGCAUAGAGAAACUUGGAUAUAUAUGCCAAACAGCUAAUUCAAACUGCUCGGAAGAUGGCUACUUUAAACGAGCGGACAACUGUUACUAUGUCUCUGCUGGACUGUUCAGCUGGUUUGAAUCACACUAUGAAUGUAUUAAAAGAGAUGGAUACCUUGUGACGAUCGAUUCCCCAGAAGAGCAGAUCAUCCUGAAGACUUUAUUAAAUGAGAAUUUUGAUAAAUUCAAGUACUGGAUUGGCCUAGUUAGAAGCAAAUGGUCAAGAAAAUCGAACGGUGAAGUAAUGUACACUAAAUGGGCCCCCAAAGAGCCAAGCAAUUCAGCAGAGCCGUGUGCUAUAGUUCAGCACCAACAGGACAAUACAUAUGCAUGGUAUGACACAUUAUGUAAUACUACUCAACCAUUGGUGUGCCAACUACACAAGCCCACAUGGGACAAUAUAGUAAAACAUCAAUAUGAUGAAACAAAGGGGUACUUCAACCCCGAAACAACUGGAACGUGGCAUUAUGCAAGUCUCCUAUGUAAUAGCAUCGUAGUACAUGGUGAUAUGACAGUGCCUAUGGAUGACAAUGACACUGCUGCGCUGGGACAAAUACUUACGAGCAAUGGAUGGGACAACGUGUGGUUGGGAGUCAAAGAAACGAAAACGCCAUGGCAAUGGGCGGCAGGGAGUGGAAUCAUUGAAGAACAAGGUUGUUUUUGGGACAACCGAAACGAUCGAACAAUGACACUGAUUAUCGAUGACUUCCAUGGCAUGACAAGAACCACGUGUGUUAAUACAUGUCGACAAGUCGGCUCAUUGUUCGCAGGACUACAGGGAGGCAAAGACUGUUAUUGCAGUGAUAACUUUGAUUUUGAAAGAAUUGGUCCACCAUCACCAACUGAUCCUAAAUGUGAUCUGCCAUGUGCCGGAGAUGAAACAGAAACGUGUGGUGGAAAGUAUUUAAACCAAGUUAUCGCUGUAGAUGGUAUGUACAGUAACUGGGCAGCGUCCCAGCCAAACAACUAUGACGGUUACCAGGCAUGUGGAGCCAUUGAUGACUUGGAGGCGUUCAGAGAAUACGGCUACGCAUGGAACGAUGAGAGAUGUAAUACAAAACUGCCAUAUAUCUGCAGAAGGGAGAGAGAUCCAUCAUGUUACGGGGUGGAAUACCCAAUGGAAGACAACUGCUACUUCAUAUCAGUUGAGGCAAGAAGUUGGUAUGAUGCCAGAUCUGACUGCAUAGAAACUGGAGGAGAUCUGGUCACUGUACAUAGUGCAAUGGUUCAACAACAUAUUACACAAAUCAUUAAUGAAAAUAAUUUCCCCAAGAACAAAUAUUGGAUAGGAUUAUUCAAGGGAGAUUGGCUUCUUAGGGACGGUCAGAAAGUAACGUUCAGUAAAUGGGCCGAGGGUGAGCCUGAUGAGAGGAAUGGUUUGUGUGUUCAGCUUAUAGAGAACAAUGGUGAAUAUUUAUGGAGAGAUGCACUGUGUACAGAUACCUCGAACAUUGUUUGUGAUAUUCGAAUUCCUAGUCUAACAACAAUAAACCCAACGACAAUGUCAUCUAAUGGAACUAGUUUUGCGCCAAAUGUUUCGUUAAUAUCGGAAAGUACAACAAUAGCAACACAUACUUUAAUGUCCAAUGCAACUGUUUCACCGAAAACGACAAUGUCGUCUAAUGUAACUAUAACGCCGAAUAUGACAAUAUCGGAAAGUACAACAAUGGCAACCAUAACAGCAAUAUCCAAUGCAACUAUUUCACCAAACGCUACGAUGUCAUACAAUUCAAGUAUUGGGCCAGCUUCAUCAGUUCCACGGUAUACAACAGUAUCGUCUAAUACAGCAGUAUCCCCCAAUGUAACUCUACUCCCAAAUACAACAGCAUUACCUGAUGCAACAACUGUGCCCAGCACAAUAGCGUCUGGUGUUACUCCAAAUACAACAUCAUCCAGUGCAACAGAAACUAUAUUACAAACAACACAAAGUAUUUCAAACAAAACAAGCUCAGAACAUCUAGGGGAAACGACACUAUUUAGGAAUCAAACUACGUAUCCGACUUCAACACCAUCUUUAAAUGUAUCUAAUAAUACUCCAUCGGAGUCAAUUACUGAAACUACAGCAAAAAUGACGACUAGAAGCUCAACGACAACACAAGGCAUGACAACCUCGAGAACAUAUGACAAAACGACGAAUAUUUCAGGAGAUUUAGAAAACACGUCCCCUGUAUCUAAUACCAGUAGUGGACAGACAAGGAGUGUACACAGUGAAAAUGUCACAAGCAGUAUGAUAUCAAAUCCAACUGUAAUGUUGGGUUCUAGCACAACAGACACGAUUGUGGGUAAUGGCAACAACACUGGGAUUAAUGUAGGACCUCUUCAUGGCUCUGAUGUACCCGUCCCAUUGAGUGUCAUCAUUGUGAUUGCCGUUGUGGGGACGUUUUUGUUGUUGAUAGUUGCGGCUGUUAUGGCGUACUGUUGUGGUCGACGGAAGCAAUCACAUGAAAGCAACAUGAAAUCAACUGGCAAUGCAAAUGGAGAUAUCGAACAAAAUGGAGUUCAUGCAAUAGAUGGGGUGACAGUCACAUCUACACAAGAUGGAGACAAUAUAGAACAACACAAAGUUCAAAUGAGGAAACACUCCAAGAGUAAGACGAGAAAAGUAAGCAGUAUACUAAGCAGAUCAAGUAAGACAAACUCCAGAGACAAUAUUGAUGAGGAUAUGGAGUUAGAGAACAUUGCAGUAGCUUAUAAAGAUUCAGAUGACGAAACGAUAGAUGGAGACCCACACGAAAGAAAUCAAACAGAAAUAAACGUUGAAAUUAACAGCAGAAUAAUGGGAACAACAAACACUCAGAAAGAUGAUUUUAUUGAUGACAAAGAUGACGAGAUUAAAACACUAGACAAAGACUCUAUUCAAUACGAAAACAAUGCGUUUGAAUAUGACGAAGAGUCAUACCCAUCUAUCACUUUAGAUUCAGUGUUACAAGGUGUCCUAGAUUUACCUUCAAACAACAAAGAAAAUAAAGACCACAAUAACGUUAUCAACAAUAAAGGCGAUACUGAAAUUAAUAUCACAAGUGACAAAGAUGAGAGUAAUAAUAAUGAUGGUAAGGCAAUAAUUAAUGAUGAUAUGAAACUAGCACAAAGUAAACAUGUCAAUAGUGCAAUACAUGAAAACAAUGAAAACGAGAUACUGCAAUCAAAGAACAACGAAACACAUGAAGAUCAUGCUUCCCAAAACAAAUAUUCAUACCCCGUUGAUAAAAAUAGGAGCUGGAAAAACACUGCAUUUGAUAAAAAUUCUUCGAACGAAUCUCAAGCUAGAGGAAUGUUUGACAUGUCGACAGAUAUAUCAGCUUGUGAUACUGUCUCCUCUCACGGCAGUUCAGUUGAUGAAGCAGGAUCUGCAGAAAGAGAUGAUACAUAUGCCAGUGAUGACCAGGAUACACACAUUGCAGUUGAUAAUGAUUACGUGUAUAGGGUUAACGAUCAUAAUGAUUAGUAAAGAGCAAUAAAACUCUAGUGAUUGAGAUGCUAGUUUAUUGAUAAUAAUCCAUGUAAAGGACGACUUGUCACUUCUAUCAUUUUACAUGUUCAUGUCGGAUUCAUAAUAAAUGCUUUAUACAAUAUGUAAAUAUUACUAAACCUGGUUAAUAUUCACACAUAGCUAGGCAUUUAUCAUUCCCUUUCGCUCAAUCAGAAGACAGGAUGCCUUUGAUUUAUCAGGAAAAAAUAAAAGCAUGGUUGAUGAGGGGAAAAUCUGUCAUAAGAAAACACGUGACAUUGUGAAUACUUAAAUCUAUGUCAAAGAUGCGCUUAUUAUGUCACCACAUUAAGUGUUGACAAAUUGUUAUAGUCCCCAACUUUUAUGUGGAUGGUGUUCGCCGUUCGGUGGUUGGCGUUCGGAG